GAUCCUCGACUGGGUCUCUGCCAGACGCGACAAUUGGCGAUUCAGAUGCGAAUUGGCUGCUCUGGCAGCCUUCGAUAGUGGCCUUAGUCGCGCAGAUCGAGUGCGAUUUGGGCCGCUUAAGAGGGCCAGCGAGCCGGCGGUGGUUCCCUGCUGGCGCUACGGAGAAGAUUGGAGUUGAAGGCCCUCAUAAGUCCGCGUCUCCUCCAUCGCGUCGCCUGCUUCUGCUUCUGUUCUCUGGACUCGUUCUCUCUUUCUCUUUUGCCCAGAGUUCCCUCUUGUCCGCCACCGCGGCCGCAAGUUGACAAGCCGCCUUCCAACUACCCACAGUCCUUUAUAAACACCAAUAUACUAAUAAUAAUAAUAAAUCGCAAUGGGGUCUGAGCUCGGCAUUAACGAAGACAGCAAGCCCGAGGCUAUCUACACGCCCGUGGCCAUCUGGUGGGAUGUCUGGGCCGUCGUCUGGUCUGCAGUCAUCGGCGCUGGCAUGUUCUACCUGAUCAAGCGCCGCAACAACCCCAUCCUGCGUGUCCGCUCUCUCUCGCUUUCGCUGUCUGCUAUCGGCCUUCUCCAUUUGUACUGGAUUGCCUGCCAGAUUGCCGUCAUGAUCGGGCCCAUCAUGCCCGGCGACGUGCAGUUCUGGGUCAUGGGCACCUAUCUACCCUGUGGUCUGGCCCUGUUCCACGCCUCCAACAGUUACUUCCUGCAUGUUGCGAAGAUGCAGAAGAAGUACGCCAAGUACAGUUUUCUUAUUGAUUCCACGCCUGACGCCAAGCGCCCCCACCAGGGGCCUGGCCUGAUCAACCGCUUCCGCCGUCUGGACUAUACUCUGAAGCUCGUCAUCUUCGUGGCCAUUGCCAUGGUUGGACAGAUCCUCCUCACCGUCAUCAUGUGGGCGAUUUCGCGCAAGUACCACCCCUCCUUCGGUAUCCCCGGCACUGAGGUCAACGGCCCUCCCAUGAAGGUCUUGACUGAACAAGGCCGUGGCUGGGAAUGGUGGCCUGGUGUCUUCUGGCAGUUCUUCUGGUCGUGGAUUGUCGCUCCCAUCAUUCUCUGGAACUCGCGCCACAUCCACGACACCCAGGGCUGGCGCGUGCAGACGAUUGCCUGCGCCAUUGCCGGUCUCCAUGCGACCCCCAUGUGGCUCAUCGCCCUCUACGUCCCUGCGUUCGAACCGGUCAACAAGGUCUGGGUCCCUCCCCAGUGGAUCUGCCUGUCAAUCAUGGUCACCGAGAUCUUCACCGUCCUGCUCCCCUGCUGGGAGGUCUUCCGCCAGCAGUCCCUCCGCAAGGAAACCCUCGAGGCCAUCAAGCAGUGGGAAAUCCGCACCAAGGGCGCCAACUCCGAGACCAAGUCGCUGGGAUCCACUGCCACCAUGGUCGACUCAAUGAUGUCCGGCUGGAAGUCCAACAGCGACUCCGUGCUCAGCGACAACAGCGCCCGUGAGAGCAUCCUCAACAUGAGCGCCCUGGAAUACGUGCUCGAGCGCAACCCCACGCCCCUGCAGCGCUUCUCGGCCCUGAACGACUUCUCCGGCGAGAACGUCGCCUUCCUGACCUCUGUCGCCGAGUGGAAGGCCAGCCUGCCCAAGGCCAUGACCGAUGCUGCCGCCGGCGAACCCGACGAGGCCACCAAGGAGGCUAUCCGCGAGGCCUUCAACCGCGCGCUCUACAUCUACGCCGAGUUCGUCAGUGUCCACCACGCCGAGUUCCCCGUCAACAUCUCCUCGCAGGACCUCAAGAAGCUCGACAACGUCUUCGAGAGCCCCGCGCUGAUCCUCUACGGAUCCGAGGACGCCAGCGUCGACCGUGCCACCCCCUUCGACCAGGCCAUCCCGUCGCCCGCCUACUCCGAGUUCAGCGAGAGCUCGCUGGCAGCCAUCAAGAACCGCGCAGAGUACGUCGGCGACAUGCCGCGGGGCUUUGGCGCGUCUGUCUUCGACGACGCAGAGCACAGCAUCAAGUACCUGGUGCUCACCAACACGUGGCCCAAGUUCGUCAAGAACCGCCGGUCGUCGACGGACUCGCUGGAGACGUUGCAGGAUCAGGCUGUAUAAACUGGACCAGACGCACUUCUCUGCGUGUGGCAUGUGAAACGCCAUCGAUGACUCUCGGGCUCUGAUCUGAUCAGGACUUCACUUCUUGUAUAUAUUUCGCCGUAGUAAUAGUAUUAUAUACCCCAGUCUCCGGACAAUGCAUUCACUCGUUCUACUACUAUUACAGUCACUUCCU